CGCGCUCUCUCUGCCUGUCCGCCGACUUGCCAUGGAUGUACCGCCUGCUAAAUAUGCAUUUUUUGUUAUUUUACUUCACUUUCAGCGCACGGACACUUUAUAUAUCACCGACAGUAUAGAUUCCCUGCAGCAUGUCCUGAAGGAGUACGCCCUGGUGAGACCGGCGAGCGUGGAUGCAGAUGGACGCUUCCUCUCCCACGCCGUCUCGGCCCACUGUCUGAGUGGUCUGCACCGGCGCAGGAGGAGAGACACCCACCAGCACAGAGAGCAGGAGACAGAGCCGGAGCGCCGCGAGACGCUCUUUUACAAUGUCACCGUUUUCGGGCAGGACUUUCACUUGCGCUUAAACCGCAACUCACGCUUGGUGGCACCAGGAGCAACUCUCGAGUGGCACGAGGAGGAUAACCGAACCCGAACAGAACCCCUACUGCCGAGUGACUGCCUGUAUGUGGGCCACGUUACUAAUGUGCCAGAUACCUCAGUGGCCAUCAGCAACUGUGACGGCCUGGCCGGGAUGAUCCGUGCAGGUCAGGAGGAGUUCUUCAUCGAGCCACUCGAGAGAGGAGCCGACACGACAGGCGAGGAGGAGGGUGGAUCCGGACGACAUCACAUUCUCUACCGCUCGUCUGCCAUCAAGAAACCAGGCGUCAGUCACGCAGACUACUUCCUCCCCAGAGGUCCAGUGCUGACUGGUUUGGCUGGAGUGAAGACCAUAGCCAGUGGAAUAAAGCCAAAAGUGAAUAGCAGCAGGCGUACACGCAGGCAGUCUUACCAAGACGAGAUCUUCAACAUCGAGGUGCUCCUGGGGGUGGACUGCUCCGUGGUGCACUUUCACGGCCGAGAGCACAUCCAGAAAUACCUGCUCACUCUCAUGAACAUAGUAAAUGAAAUCUACCAAGAUGCAUCACUGGGCGCUCACAUUAAUGUAGUGCUGGUGAGAAUCGUCAUGCUCUGCUCUGCCAAGUCUAUGGGACUGAUUGAACUAGGGAACCCCUCUCAGAGUCUGGAGAAUGUGUGCCGUUGGGCUUUCCUGCAGCAGAAGGAGGACGAGAAUGAUGCAGAAUAUCAUGAUCACGCCAUCUUCCUCACCAGACAAGAGUUUGGUCCCACUGGCAUGCAGGGUUAUGCUCCAGUAACUGGCAUGUGUCACCCAGUAAGAAGCUGUACUCUGAAUCAUGAAGAUGGUUUCUCAUCUGCCUUUGUGGUGGCACACGAGACAGGACAUGUGUUAGGAAUGGAACACGACGGGCAGGGUAACGAGUGUGGGGAUGAGGUGCCGAUGGGCAGCAUCAUGGCCCCCUUGGUGCAGGCAGCCUUCCAUCGCUUUCACUGGUCUCGCUGCAGCCAACAGGAGCUUAGAAAAUACCUCAACACCUACGACUGUCUGCGUGAUGACCCCUUUGACCACGAGUGGCCAUCCCUGCCACAGCUACCAGGUCUGCAUUACUCCAUGAACGAGCAGUGUCGCUUUGAUUUUGGCAUGGGAUACAUGAUGUGCACAGCGUACAGCACCUACGACCCCUGCAAGCAGCUGUGGUGCAGCCAUCCUGAAAAUCCUUUCUUCUGCAAGACCAAAAAGGGCCCCCCCAUCGAUGGCACCAAAUGUGCUACAGGAAAGAACUGUUUUAAGGGGCACUGUAUCAAGCUGACAUCAGACAUACUGAGGCAGGAUGGUCACUGGGGUCAGUGGACUAAGUUUGGUUCCUGCUCCCGUACCUGUGGAGGCGGUGUUCGAUUUCGUACACGCCAGUGUGACAACCCUAUUCCAGCCAAUGGUGGUCGCACCUGCUAUGGAAACAACUAUGAGUUCCAGCUGUGUAACUCGGAAGAGUGUACCAAGGACAUGGCAGAUUUUAGAGACGAGCAGUGCAGGUUAUGGGAUCCACACUUCGAGCAUCAGGGGACCAAGCAUUUGUGGCUGCCCUAUGAACACACUGACCCUGAGGAGAGGUGCCAGCUCUACUGUCAGUCCAAAGAGACGGGAGACGUGGUGUUCAUGAAGAGGAUGGUACACGACGGCACACGCUGCUCCUAUAAGGAUCCUUACAGCGUGUGUGUACGUGGAGAGUGCGAGAAAGUGGGUUGUGAUAAUGUCAUUGCCUCCGAGUUAGAGGACGACAAGUGCGGCGUAUGUGGAGGGAACAACUCCACCUGCAGCAUAGUCAAGGGCAAUUUCACCCGCAGUACCAGAAAACCAGGUUUUCUGAAGAUCCUGGAAAUUCCCAGAGGAGCGAGGCACAUCCUGAUCCAGGAGUUUAAAGGAACACCUCACAUUCUGGCGGUGAAGAAUCAAGCCACAGAUGAUAUGUUCCUGAACGGUGAGGGUGACUUUCCUGAGUCCAGAGAGGUGAUUGAGAAUGGUGUACUCUGGGAGUACAGCAAUGAGGAUGAUCUGGAGACACUGCAGACUACAGGCCCGCUGAGAUACGGAGUCCUUAUCAUGGUCCAAUCAGAUGGAGCGUCCAAAGUCACUCUGUCCUACAAGUACAUUCUCCCAGAGGAUCCGCCAUCAUCUAUGGAGAACAGCUUACCUCAGGAUGACAUCGCUUUCUUUGAAUGGGCUCUAAAGAAAUGGUCCCACUGCUCCAAGCCAUGUGGAGGAGGAAAGCAGUACACACGUUUUGGCUGCCGCAGAAAGUCAGAUGGCAAGAUGGUCCACCGCACGUUCUGCUCCAGCAUCCCCAAACCCCGCGCCAUCAGCCGAGCCUGUAACCAAAAACAGUGCUCAGAGCCUAUCUGGGUGGCAGGAGACUGGGAGGAGUGCACAAAGUCGUGUGGGAAGACUGGCAUUCAGACCCGGCCUGUGCGCUGCGUGAGGCCUCAAGAGGACGGCAAAUACAAAACCGUCAGUGCCAAAUACUGCGACGAUGAGCGGCCCGAGAGUCGCCGCAGCUGCAAUCGACAGCUGUGUCCCGCCCAGUGGAGGACAGGACCCUGGUCACAAUGCUCUAUGAGCUGUGGAAACGGAACUCAGGAGCGUCAGGUCAUGUGUAGCACUCCUGAUAAUGCCAUCGGGACCUGUACAGACACCAAGCCUGAAAGCAUCCGGACAUGCCAGCUUGGGCCAUGUUCAAGUGACAAAGGGAACUUCUUGAUCCAGUGGCUAUCCAGAGCAGACCCCGAGUUCCCAGCACCCAAGAUCUCCUCAAGGAUACGCUGCAAAGGAGACAAGUCUACACUCUGUCGUAGACUGGAGGUACUAAAUAAGUACUGUUCGAAUCCUGGCUACAGGCAGAUGUGCUGCAAGUCCUGCAGUGAAGGAAACUACACCAUGAACCUCAACCAGACUCAGACCUGGGACAACACCAGUGCGUCUCCACACACUAAUCAUUCUCACUCUAAUCAGACCUUCACACUCCAUCAGCCACCCAUCACCAGACCCAGCAGCACAUCCACACCAUGGAGAUACACCACUCUGAACCCCUUCGCUCUUAGAGAAACCCCAUUACCCAGCACCACCAGCGCUGUCCAUGAAGACACAGAUGGUCCGAGCACCUCACUUGAUGAGGAGGAAAUCUUAGAACCCUGGAAAGUAGAUAUCGUUGAUGAUGUCUCUGAAGCCACGUCUGGGUUUGACGAGCUUUCACCAACCACUCGUGAAUAUGAAACAACAGUGAAACCGUUCACGACGUCUGUACAACCCAUGAUUACUACUACAGGAUCUCCACCAAUAAUAGAGCUUCACAGAUCAGAAGACAAGAAGGAGAAUAACUCUAUCGAUGUAUCCUACAGGGUUGUAAAUGUUAACGAAGUGUCCCGGAACCACUUUAUACCCAAAAAGCAGGUGACUUUCCGAGAGAAAACACAAAACAAGAGAAUUCAAGAGCUCCUUGAUCAGAAAAGAAGACAAGGUUUGAUUAAAAGGUUUAUAAGAAAGCCUGGAGACUGAUUACAUGUGUUCUUAUGCCUCUUGUGCGUACCUGUCAGGGUCGUGGGAUUGCUUCUGAUGUAUUAUAACGUUUUUGGCAAACUCACCUUCAGAAAUGCCAGGAGCUUUUGGCGAUUUCUCUUAGCAUUUGUAUAAAAAGCUUUGCUUUUGCUCCUUUCCCAUCACUUACACAUUAUAAAAUACAUUUACUCACGACUGUCCAUUCAUUCCGGAACUGUGAUUUUUCUAGUUUGGACAUUUUCUGAAGAACUGCACCUUUUCAUCCUGAUGUUGAGCUUAGCAAGGUCACAGCCGCAAAGUGAUUUAAUCUCAGAGUAUACAUGUGUCAGCUAUUCUCUGCUUGGCUAGAGUGCUGUUAGGACAGGAGACAAAUUAAAGGUAAAACCAAAAUGAAUAGUUGGAGACACGUAGCGUGCAGAUGCUUUCACUGCAUGAUACAGUUAAAUGAAUAACAUCCUACUAGCUGUGCAACAAUUAUCAUGAUUUAUGACGUAACAUCAUUAAUGUGCCACAAUAUAAUAUUAAAACAAAUAAUACAUAUAGAAACUAUGUGACCAAAAAUAUAUGGACAUUUGUUUAUGAGCCUGUUGAACAUCCCACUUAUAAUUUGUGGGCAUUACUGUAUACUGUACACCACACCCCUUUUUUUGGCUAUAAUUGUGGCCACUUUUCUGGAAAGUUCUUUACUUAAAAAAAUCUUACAGGUACCAUAAGACCUGGCUAGCAUCUGAUAUUCCAGUUUAUCCCAGAAAUGUUCAGUUGGCUCCCUGUUCUUUUACUUCAGAUUUAUUAAACUGUCCAUGCUGGAACACACAUUUAUGCUGGAACAGUAACAAAGCUUGGAUUGUAUUUGGUCACGACUCUUAAGUUGCUUUGGAUAAAAGUGUCUGCUAAAUGCCAAAAUUGUAAAUCAUGUCUGCAUGUAGACGCCCAACCAGGUGAUAGCACUGGGGAAUUGAACCCUGGAUCCCAGUGGUAGUGAGCUUUCAGAAUUUACUGCUGUGCUGCCCAAGUGCCUAUUAUUUAAAUAUACACAAUAUAAAAGAUAUUGAAAUGACAUACUUGUCCCAUACAAGUUUAUGUAGAAUUGUAACUUUAACUGCUCAUAACAUUUCAUUAGUGGUGGUAACAUUGAGUUAUUACUAUAAAGAUGCACAUCUGUUUAUUGGGAUGUAAUCUGUAUUUUAUAUCAAAAUCACUGCAACAAAUGUCAAGACAUUUUUCUUACACUUGAUUUUUUUUAAUAUAACUUGUUUAGCAACUCAUUAUUUCUAACUGUGGUAUAGUUUUAAUGUUCUCUGGUAUUUUCAAAUUAAUUCUCUUUUGUAACACAUUCACAUACAUUUCAGUUACACUGCAUCUAUCCAGAUGUUCUUGACAUUCCAUAAUGUAUAUAUAAGUGAGAAUUUUAUUUUAUUUUUUUAUUUAUUGAAGUGCUUUUGAGUCUUUAACAGUGCACUUUGAUGUGAAAGCAUUGCAUGCGGCAUGAGCAGAUGUCUUAGCUAUAGCACAUUCCCAAUGUCUGAUAGUCUGAUACAUACAUAUCCACACUGUCUGAUGCCAUUCUCCUGAAGACGAAAUGUAAGAAUGCUAUAAGUAUGUGCGUUCUUUUAUACAUUAUUGUAAUAAAACUGCAAGUAAAGUCAA